UGUAAAGGAAUAUAAGUUGUUAGUUCUGUUAGCUAUCUCGUGCAUUGGUUUAGAAAAUGUCUCGUCCAACAGCAGGAUCCAGUAAAACCUCUAAAACACAGGCAGACAUUCGUGAUGUUAUGGCGCAGAUUCAGCAAAGGGUGCAGAGGCAGCCGGUCAGAAACUCAGCGCUUGCAAAUGACCAAACAACCCGAAUCCCGGCGGAACCACCCCCACAAAUUGCAAUCGCUGACCAUGCCACGGUGAAUGAUGCGUUUGCCAAGCAAAUCUUUUUUCAGCACACAAACAUUGAGCAAAUAGUUUUAGAUAAAAUGGCAGAACGCAGUGAAAGGACACGCCAAAAAUAUCAACAAAUACUGUAUGAGAGAUACGUACAAAAUCCACUUGGACGGCUAUCUGACCCAUUGCAUAUGUUGCGCUUCGAGACACCGUUUUGGGAGGGCUUGUUUAGCAUGGCCACAAAGAUACCGAUUCCAACCGAAGCUGCAUAUCAAACAAUGGUCAGUUCUCUCGCCAAGGACGGAGUGAAAAAAAUGAGCUUCGUCGAUAUGACGCGCAAUAAUUUGGUUCUUGAGGAUCAACGGGAAGUCAUACAGCUGUUACAGUCGAAGUUCAGCAACUGGUCGGGAAAGCUGCUGAAACUCAAGAAAUACCUUAAGGGCUGCCAACAGGGUAGAGAACGAAACGCGGCGAAAGAAAAAGAGAAAUUGUUACGGUUGAUAGUAAAGCGCUCAAAUUAUAAGAAACAGUGGCACAGAUUUCUGGAUCGUAUAAUCUACGAACUGCGUGGCCCGGUCGAGAAGCGUACGCUGUUUAUCUGGCACAAGUUUGCAUUCGACGACGACGCACUGAACAGAAAAUAUAAUGUCGGCCUUCAUUAUGCUGAUCCGGAAGGCAGAUCUCAACUGCAAAGAAUAUCAACGGGGCCUAGCCUCGGUCAUCAAAUACUGUCACAUACUGCCACAGGCAUCGAAAGGGCAGAGCUGAGGACUCCCACACCAUUGCAAGCAAGUGUUUCUCGUCACGAUAAUUUCCUAACCCCAAGGCCACUUACUCAGGCACCGAAAACUGUCCCGGUUUCCGCGGUACAGCGGGAUACAGCUGCAAUAAGCCCAACUGCACAAGGCUCAAUCGCACAAGUUCGUACUGCACCGCCAUCAACUGCACAAGGCCUGGUCUCACAAGUUCCAACUGUGCCGAUUUCAACUUCACAAGGCCCAAUCACACAAGGUCCUAUUGCACAGGCUCCAAAUGCACAGGUUCCAACUGCAGCCCUCAAUAACUCGCAAUAUAGUAGCGUCAUUCCGGAAAUUCAACAAGAACAUGAGGAUGAUCAAAAUAUUAAUACAACCAAUCGAAGUACGGAGCAACCUGCGAACGCAGACAGAUCAAUUUCGAAUGCCGCCGCUGAACAAGAACCUCCGACAAAACGUGCUCGAACCGCUGACCAUUUGUUCGCUGUGCCAUUACCAAUCGGGGCCGUAUGCAAGCAAGAGAAAUCCUCUAGUGCACAUCAUAAUAGUACUAUCAGCUUGAUUUCUCCCGCUCAACCAAUUACUACAACCACGGAUACACCGGAGUUCAGCCUUGAUUACAUCAAAUCCUCUACGAACAUCUACGAGGUGCUGAUUUAUAACCGGAUGAAAAAAUUCCCCAAGACAAAGCUGACGUCGAGGAAAGUUGAUAAGUUAGUUAAAGCUUUUUACGAGUUCUAUAAAUCCACCUUCGAUCGGCAGGAAUUGCCCGCCGCCUUGCGAGAACUAACACCCCAGGAGCAGCUGGAACUAAAGUCUAAAGGAGCAUGUAGAUGGGCUUCCGAAAAGCUGCACAUACCGAUCGUUAUGGAACAGCAGGGAGUGGAACAGCCGGCUACAGUGACGGCAUCAACAACAUCAGCAGUCGUAGCUGUCCCAGACGCGGUACAACCACUGGCCCACCAACCAGUUCCAUCGAAACCGGAUGUUAAUACCGUUGUGCCUACGAAGGAAUCGCGAGAAAAAGCACCGCAGCCGAAAAAAAAAUUGUUGUUCCCACGACCCUGCCCGAUUCGGCCGGCGAAUAUAAACUACGAAAGCGAUACAGCAUCAACAAGCGAGAAAAAUGUCGCUAGACCGAAUUCGCAGCCUACCGCUAACCAAAUGCAGCAGAAUACGCCAAACAUGGACAUGCUGUCCGAUCCGGAUACAAUGAGUUUUAUGCCACCAGUUUGUUCGACACAGAAUCAGGAUGGUGGCAGCCAACCACCAGAGCCACAUGCGCCAUCGCAAGAACAGAAUGAACGAGCCGCAUUGGAAUCUCCUCGUAAUGAAGAUAUGCCAUCACAACCACCGGAUAACGCCGUCGGGAUGGUUUUCAAACUGGAACCCAAUUCUUCGCAAGUCGACUCCUCGGGAUAUGAAGGAUACGUCGAAGAAAUACCAUGCGCCAAUGAAGUGCUUCUCAUCUACGAUACCGAUGAAAUGUUUUUGGAAGAUCUUGAGACGCCGGAACAAAACGCUCUGCAGAAUCGUUUAGUUGGAUUGUUCCGGACGGAAUCCGAUACUGUUGCUCCCGAACUAACUCCACUUUUUUCACACAUCGAGGAUACUGGCGUGCUAGAAAACGGCGAAACUGAUUCGUAUGGUAGCUUCCCCUUAGAAGAGCACAUGGCAAUUUUUCAAGCAAGUUGGAGAUCUUUUGUAAAACGAAAGCGAACAUCCCAUCGACCCCCCCAGGAGGAUUUGUGGUUUAUCUUGGCAGCUGGCUUUGGUUCCAUAGAAACAGGAAAAUCAACCAUCAUUCCAAUACAGCCUUUUGACUUUCUCUUAGACAUCAACAUCGCAUCCUUACGGUACACCCAGCGACCGAUCAGAUGGCGUGGAUGCAACGAACUGCAACAGAAGCAGCUCACGAUGAACCUGCACCAUCGUUCGCAGGGCAUCUUUACCGUGGCAAUUCACGACCAUCAAGUGGGCCAACUGCUCGGACUGUUAGGCCCCGGUAUGAAUGCUGGGACCUCGGCUGGUUGGAAAGCAUUGACCGAAUCGUUGGCUCACGUCGGCAAGUUUCGCUACGGCCGCAAUGAACCCACAAAGGAGUACUAUCGGAUGACGAUCACGGAAAAGGUGCUACAUCUGUUCUUCGACACCCUUUCGAACUUUCCGCGGGACGGUGGGUUUGUGUUGGGGCUGGGACAAGAUAGGGCUACGUUUCCGGCGGACGGUGGCACCGUGGCGCUAGAGCGAUUCAAUGUUCAUCUUCACUCAAAACCCCGAAAAGCUGUAUCUGAGGCGUUCGAGAAAAAGGCGGACCCUGAAGAUGGUUGCGAGGAAGAUGAAAGUUUGGUACAAUACCUCCUGCCAGGGGUGGCGGAAGCGAUGGUUCAACUUAGGAAAAGAUUAGAACUCCAGUGAGCAUGUGGAAAUAAUUGUUUUGUAUCAAUUGAUUCUUUUGCGAUACUGUUUUAAAUGAAAUGUUUGUGCAAAAAUAAAUGUUAAAAUUAGCUCAA